CUCUUUUUUAUUUGUUUUCACCGUUUAAAAGCAAUGGGCUACGCGACUUUAGAUGCAGCAUUGGCCUUUCCCAAGAACGUUCCGCCCAUGCGACAACAUAUCGUUAUCACAGACACCGUCAAGUCGGAUGCCAACUUUCUGAUUCAUCACUUUGUCGGCAAUCAGUUAAAGGGCGAUCGGCACGUUGUCCUUGUCGGCAUGGCUCAGAUCUUUAACCACUAUUUUCUGAUCAGCCGUAAAUUGGGAAUUAAUCUUCAAUCUUACAAACAAUCAGGACGUUUCUGCUUCAUUGACGGCCUAACUCACCUUACUUCCUACACAGACGGCACCCCUUAUCCUCCUGCUCGUGCACCGACAUCACCGGCCGAUACGUUAAAUGGAUCAAAGAUACCACAAAAUGCAUGCUUGCGUACCUUUUACGAUGUCAUCAAACGCCAUGUAACUGAUAAGCAGCAUCCUCUUCUUAUCAUUGACGAUGCCAGCAUAUUUAUGCUGAGCGGAUUCGGUAUUGGACCUGUGUCCAUGUUCAUCAACAAACUUCGGGUGCUGAUGGAAUCGGUGGACGGCACAUUAAUGACGAUUAUUCACGCUGAUGAGGAAGGAACAGAGGAUCCCGAGCAGGAUGCGUUUGUCAAAUCGGUGCUGUCAACGGCUCAUCUUGUUCUCCAAGUGCAGGCACUCGGAAGCGGAUUAGCAAGAGACGUUCACGGGCAGCUGUCAAUCAUACACGGUCCGAAAUGUUUACCACAAGCUGCGAAUCAAAUCAUUCCUCAAUCCUUGCACUAUCGAAUUCUCGAUAAUAAUGCGCACUUUUUUGCCAAGGGCAUCUCUCAGGGUGUUCUGUAAUAAAAUAUCGAAAACUUUCAUCUGUUGUUUUCAUGUGCCUGAGUACUACUGUAUGCUAUACCG